AUGGGAAGCCAUGAUAAGGCAGAUCUCUCAAAAUUCACAUCUACCGGUAUUGCCGCAGGCGUUUAUUCACUGGAUGUUUAUACUAAUGGUGAGUGGAAAGGUCGUUAUGACAUUACGGUAAAGAAACAAAAGGAUGGUAAGAUAGGGGCUUGUUACGAUAAGGAAAUGCUGAAUCAAUAUGGCAUCUCGGAAGAGAAACUUAAUGACCAAUUGAGAAAGCAAACUAAUUAUUGCGGGCCGUUGUCUGAAUGGAUAGAUUCGGAUAACGUAACUGAUGCGUUGAGUAAGCCUAAGAUGAGACUGGAUAUUUCAGUUCCACAGGCUUACCAAAAUCAGACUUAUCGAAAUUACGUAAGCCCUGAAUUCUGGGAAACAGGUAUCCCGGCCAUGAACAUAGGCUGGAAUGGAAACAUUUGGAAUUCUCACUAUAACUCAAAUGGUGGGACGGAUACCACUACUGGGUAUCUGGGACUUAAUGCUGCAAUGACGUAUGGCGGUUGGUCAUUGAAGCACAGAGGAGCGUUAUCUUGGCAGGACAAGAAAGGUACUGAAUGGAAUAGUACUCAAACGUUCUUACCACGUCCACUACCUGCAAUUAAGUCAAUCAUCUCUGCCGGGCAGGUUAAUGGCAGUGGUGAGUUCUUUGAUUCGGUAUCUAUCCGUGGUGUUAAUCUUAAAACUGACGAUGAGAUGUUCCCGGAUGGAAUGAGAAACUUCGCACCUGAAAUUAGAGGGAUUGCUCAAACCAACGCCCUUAUUACUGUCCGUCAGUCAGGUUCGGUAAUUUAUCAAACUACGGUUACCCCGGGUCCCUUCGUCCUUAAAGACGUAUAUCCUACCGGAUUCGGUAAUAACCUUGAAGUAACUGUAAAAGAGUCUAACGGUUCGACAACAAGUUUUAUCGUACCUUAUAACUCUGUCUCUAAGUUACUUCGCCCUGGAAUGAACCGCUAUGAGUUAACAGUGGGUAAACCAGAUGACUCUUAUCUUAAAGAUAAACCGGUUAUCUACCAGGGAACAUUCCAGCAUGGUUUUAAUAACAUUAUUACCGGGUAUGCUGGUGUUAGUGGUUUUGAUAACUACCAGUCCUUCUUACUUGGAACUGGUGUCAAUACAAGCUUAGGUGGUUUCUCCUUUGAUGUUACGGAUUCUAAACUUAAAGGUAAACGGAAUCCUGAGAAAGGAAAGAUGUAUCGCGCAACUUUCUCUCGGAGUUUCUCAGAAACAAAUACUAGUUUCUCAGUAGUAGCAACUAAGUAUUCCGAUAAAGGGUUUUAUAACCUGAAUAAUGCGCUAUAUAUUAAUGACCGCCCAUGGGAGACAUACCGUACUGAAAAAUCCAAUAUCAACCUUUCUGUCAGUCAACAGUUACCAGAUGGCUGGGGUAGUGUGAAUGCAUCCGGUCGUUUGGUGGAGUACUGGGACCAAAGCAAAAAGGAUAAACAAUAUCAGGUUACAUACAACAAUGUCUAUAAAAGACUUUCUUGGUCUGUAAGUGCAGAGCGCACUAAAUCACUGCUUAAUGGCGUUGAUCGUUCAGAUAGCAGAAUCUCGUUGAACUUCAGUUUGCCUAUGAACUUCGGCGAUAACAGAAGAACAACGUUAACCUCAAAUACCUUAGUGAAUAACUCACGUUAUAGUUCAACGCAAGUUGGAUUAAACGGAGCCUUAGGAGAGGACAAUGAUUUCAAUUAUGGGUUGAACACCACGGUUGGGGAUAAUAGAAACAUUUCCUUAAACGCAGGAUACAAAAAUACCUGGGCCAACUUAAAUGGUACAUACGGACAAGGUUCUGACUAUCGUCAAAGUUCCAUCUCUGGAUCUGGGACGAUGCUUGUUCAUAGUGAAGGCGUGACAUUCUCACCUGAAAGUGGUAACACUCUGGCAUUGAUUAAAGCAGAGAACGCCAAAGGUGGUAAAGUUGUUUCUUCACCAGGAACCCGAAUCGAUUCUAAUGGUUUUGCAAUUAUCUCUACAUUACGUCCGUAUAAAGUAAACUCUAUCGAGGUGGAUCCAAAAGGGACUUCUGAUAAUGUAACGUUAACAGAAACUGUAAAACACGUUGCCCCAUAUCAAGGCGGGAUUGUCAAAGUUACGUUCAAUACGGAACUCAAUGAUAAUCUCUAUAUCAAAGCUAAACAAGCUAACGGUAAAGCUAUUCCAUUCGGUUCUAUCAUCUAUAAUACAAAGGGUGAUGAAAUCGGUACCGUGAGCCAGGGCAGUAUGUUAUUUAUUAAAGAUGCCUCUUCUUCAAAUGCCGUUGUUAAAUGGGAGAGUGGUUCUUGUAAAUUCGCACUGCCUAAAAAUAAAGAAGGUGAAGUGAAAUGCGAUUAA